GAAAAAAAAAAAAAAAAGUAGAGAAAAACCGAAAUUGGCGCAUACGGCAGCAGUCGUCGGGAGCCGGGAGCGCAUGCGAUUUAAGAAAAGAAAAGAAACGGAGAGGGGCGAUUAAUUCGAAUGGCAGAAUCGAAUUCCAAAAUGGCGUCGCCUCCGUUGGAUCGUCCCGUUCGAGUGUACGCCGAUGGCAUCUACGACCUCUUCCACUUUGGCCAUGCUCGUUCCCUUGAGCAAGCCAAGAAAUCAUUUCCGAACACAUACUUGCUCGUUGGGUGCUGUAGCGAUGAAGUCACCCACAAAUACAAAGGCAAAACGGUUAUGACAGAGGCCGAACGAUACGAAUCCCUGCGCCACUGCAAAUGGGUGGAUGAAGUCAUUCCUGAUGCCCCUUGGGUUAUAAAUCAAGAGUUUCUUGACAAGCACAAAAUUGACUAUGUGGCUCAUGACUCUCUUCCUUAUGCUGAUGCCAGUGGUGCUGCCAAUGAUGUUUAUGAAUUUGUUAAAGCUGUUGGGAAAUUUAAGGAAACAAAACGGACUGAAGGAAUAUCUACAUCAGAUAUUAUAAUGAGGAUUGUCAAAGAUUAUAACCAAUAUGUGCUCCGGAACUUGGAUCGUGGGUACUCAAGAAAAGAGCUUGGUGUGAGCUAUGUGAAGGAAAAGCGAUUGCGAGUGAAUAGAAGGUUGAAAACAUUACAAGAGAAAGUAAAGGAACAACAAGAAAAAGUUGGUGAAAAGAUCCAAAUUGUUGCAAAGACUGCGGGUAUGCAUCGGAAUGAGUGGGUAGAAAAUGCUGACCGUUGGGUUGCUGGGUUUCUGGAAAUGUUUGAAGAAGGUUGCCAUAAGAUGGGAACAGCAAUUAGGGAUCGAAUUCAAGAGAGAUUAAGAGGUCAGCAGUUAAUAGAUGGCUCAUAUCCUCUACAAAAUGGCAAGGAUGAUAAGGAUGAUGACCACGAUGAGUAUUAUUAUGAUGAGGAUGAUAGUGAUGAAGAAUUUUUUGAAGAAUAUUAUGAUGAUGAUGAGCUUAAUCCCCAGAUUAACGGGAAAGAUGAGGAGAUAAAAUAGGUAACUUUUGGUAAAGUUGUUGGGUUCUCGGCGGAAUGUCGAUAGCUACUGUCCUUGCGAUUUCUGUAAUAUUACAUGCAUUAUCUUGGAUAGUGGAACAUGGCUUGUAGUUGCACAAGGUAACUUUAAUUUUGCUGAGUGUGGUCAAGAUUCUGCAUGUGGAACGGCGGUAUACAUGAAACUGUUGUUUGUAUAUGCUUGGCAAGAAAACCUGCCCCGAACUUGUGUUUGUUACUUGUCAUGUCAGUGACUUAGUUUUAGAUGGGGAAAAUACUAUAACCUUUUU